AUGGUGGAUCUGAAGCCUGUCUUAGAAACACUGGGUGUGAGAAGGAGCUGCAGACGGGGUUUUUGGAGGGCUGCCCUUGCUGAGCUAAUAGGGACAACCAUGCUUGUCUUUUGUGGUGUCUCUGCAGCAAUUGGAAAUGGGAACAGCAGCUACCCAGACCAAGAAGUAAAGGUAGCAUUUGGACUAGCAAUUGCUAUCUUGGCUCAGAGUUUAGGCCACAUAAGUGAAGCCCACCUGAACCCAGCUGUCACACUUGCCAUGUUGGUUAGUUGUCAGAUUAGCAUGUGCAGAGCAUUGUGGUACAUUCUGGCUCAGGUGACUGGGGUUGUGAUUGCUAGUGGCAUUGUUCUGGGAGUGAGACCAUCAGUGGUAGAUUCACUUGGGCUGAAUAAGCUAAAGGAUGCCAGCCCAGGACAGGGCUUUGGAAUCGAGUUUCUCCUCACAUUCCAGCUGGUGCUGUGUGUCCUAGCAAUGAUGGAUAAAAGGCAGGACAAGAUUGCAGGUUCAGCUCCAUUUGCAUGUGGGCUUUCUGUGGUUCUGGCUGCACCUAACUUCUCUCUUCCUUUCAAACUAGAAGUUGAUGCUAGUGCCUCUGGAGCCAGUGCUGUAUUACUACAGGAUGGGGAUGAUAGUGUAUGCCAUCCUGUAUGCUACUUCUCGGUUAAGUUCAAAUGUCAUCAGCUGAGCUACUCCACUAUUGAAAAAGAAACCUUAGCCAUGCUACUCGCCCUUCAACACUUCGAAGGAUGUACAACCAUAACCAGCGGUUGA